CAUGACGUCAGCAAAGGAAGGAGAGCCAAGCACGAAAGACGGCACCGCAGAAAACAAUUUUUCGGCGAAAGGAAAUGAGGAGAAAAUAAAUGUCCUGGGCCAACCAGUAGAGAUAAAAGAAUGGGAAGAAUGAAAAGAUCUCAAAAUAUUGAGAAUUUCUUCCUUAAGAAGGCUAAAAUACAACCAGAAGCAGAGAGCAAUGUCAGGGAAAGGUGGACCGAGCAGCAGUCAUCAUUGUCACCUGUGAGUUCUACAAAUGAAGAAGGGAGAUGUGUCCUGCACGACACGUUGCCGCGGAUCUCAAAAUGGUGACGGGCACCUGACGGUUUCAUUACCGGGCACCCUAUUCUAGUCUAAACAACAACAUUUCACGUGUCCUUGUCCUGUGUUCCUCCCCUCAGCCCCAACCGGUUGUUACAGAUGGCUGCCCCUCCCUGAGCCUGGAGAUUUCAUCCUAUUUAAAGGGAGUUUUUCCUUCCCACUGUCACCAAGUGCUUGUUCUUAGGGGGUCGUCUGAUUGUUGGGGUUUCUCUGUAUUUUUGUAGGCCCUUUAACAUAUACUAUAAAACACCUUGAAGAGACUGCUUUUGUGAUUUGGUCCUUUGAAUCCAUGAAUCCACUUCCUCUGUGGUCUCUGAACAGAGAGACGUGUGGAGAUGUUUCAUGCAAAAUCAGAAUAUUUUCCAGUCAAAUGUGUUCUCAGCUGUACUCCUGCUGCAGCCUGUCUGUUACAUUCAUAUCAUGAACCUGUUUGUUUUUAAAGUUUCAUCAUUCCAAACAUCCAGUAAAUCAUUAAAUAGCCCUCAUAAAUACCUGCUGUACCACUCCAUUUAUAAACACUGUAAACACUGGUGUGUUGAACACCCACAGCUGUUGCUGCAGUGAGCAUGUUUGUCUGUGUCGUCCACUUGGUCUCCGUCCUCUUUGUUCUCUCCUUAGGACGCUGUUAAUGAACAGGGGAGUGUCACUUUCUCUCUGAGCUGAUCAGGGUCUUUGAACUCUUCUGUGCUCUUCAUGUAAAUCCAGACGUGAUCACAUUUUCAAACUGUAGCUCCUAAACUUUGGAACAACAUGUUUGCAAUCAUUUACAUCAUGUUAACACAAUCAUUUUUACUAAAUGCAAAAUAAAUUUGAUCUACCAUUAGUCAUGUUUAAAAUGAUGAUUUGAGCCAGGCUUGUAUAACCUUUAAUGUAAAGUAGUUUUAUUUCCUUGUUCUGUCACAUCUGAGAAAGAAGAUACUCUGCUUCUCGGGUUUUAUGUGUUUUGCAUAUAUAUCACAGGUUUUAUUCAAACAGUGUAAAUACAGCAGCUCUGUGUUUGGUCCUCCAUCAGCUCAGCUCUUCACUGUAAUCCAGAUCUCCUAACAUGAUGCUCUGCUCCGGACUCAGCAGCACACUGUUGCUGGCAGCAACCUGUUCACUCAUCACUUCAGGGUCAUUUACCAAAGCUGAACUGUCUUUCCCUUCCAAUGUGACUGCCAUAUCCUCAGGAAGAGUGAUCACAUUUAACAGCCUUAUUGUCCAACAUCUGAGCUGUGGCAGUGGAGUGAUGAUUGUGCAGUCAGUGUUGUACAGAUGUGCAGAUAAAGAAAUCUGCUCUCGGCUUCACGAUCUGGACUUCAUCAAGAAAAGCUGUGACUUGAAGGAAGUGUGUGAAAUGAAUAGAAACAUGGUCUGUACCUGUGAUCCCAGCGUCUGCACGUACCUGGACAUCACCUUCAACUGCUUCCCUGCAAUCCACAGUGUAACAUGUGAAGAUUCUCAGGCAAAACUUCAGUGUGGUGAAGGACAGGUUAUAGUCGUCUACUGGGCUAACUUUGGUCGCCGUGACAACACCAUGUGCCCUGAUGGACGUCCUGACUCUCAGCUCCAAAAUGUUCACUGUUCGAGUCCAAAUAGUACAGAAUAUGUAACUAACAGGUGUAACUGGCAGAACAACUGUACUGUUGAAGCAAAGACCUCAGUGUUUGGAGACCCCUGUGGUGACACUUACAAGUACCUGGAGGUGGUUUAUGACUGUCAGAAGAGUGAAGCUACAUCAAGUCCUCCUCCAACUACUGUGACAGAAGGAACUUCCAGAGUGAGUGAAGCUACAUCAAGUCCUCCUCCAACUACUGUGACAGAAGCUCCUUCCUGCCGUCCUGGUUGGACUUGGUUUGGAGGUCGCUGUUUCAUCUUUGACAGCAGCAUGAAGAACUGGACUGAUGCUGAGAGUUCCUGUAAGACACUCGGUGGACAUCUGGCCUCAUUCCACAGCACAGCUGAGUACACCUUCAUCAGAGAGCUCACUCACACAGAACCAGGGCCAAAUAAACGAACUUGGGUUGGAGGCAACGAUAGAGAGAAUGAAACUGUGUGGAUGUGGAGUGAUGGUUCCCAGUUUGACUUCAGAAACUGGGCCAGUGGAGAACCAAACAACUAUGGAGGAGAAGAAGAUUGUAUGGAGUUAAACUAUAAAGGAGGAGAUCCCAACGAUGCACCGUGUGACGACAACAAACCUUUUGUUUGUGUCAGAGAUCCAUAACUGCUCCUUCGUGUCCUGACACAUCAGCAGUGAGGAUCAUCACUGCUGAUGUCACUUCCAGCAGGAUGUCAAGCCUCGAUGACAUCACUGCUGGAAGAUGUUGACAAAUAUGAUUUCAUAUCACAAUACCCCCCCCCCCAAAAAAAAAAAAUAAAUUCAAUAAA